AUGCGAUGUACAGAGCUUGACGAACAUGGCAAUGUAACGCUUGUUAGUGGGGAGUUCAAGAAGAGCGAACUGAUUGCGAAGUAUGGUCUCCUCCCUCGCGACCUCCGCAAAAUCGACUCCUCCCUUCUUCCACACAUCCUCGUCCGGCCCUCCGCUAUCCUGAUAAACCUCUUGAACCUUCGUGUUCUGCUGAAACACAAUCGCGUCCUUGUUUUUGACGCUUACGGCACCACCGACUCUAAGUCACAGAGCGUAUUCAUGUACGAUCUCGAUCUCAAACUACGUCAAAAGGAAUCACCCGCCAAUGGUACCCUUGCAUACGAAUUCCGGGCUCUCGAAGCCGUGCUCAUCAGCGUAACACUAAGCUUGGAAAAAGAAUUCGAAGGAGUCAGUGAGCCCGUUGUGAGAGUGUUGCGGGAGCUGGAAGAGGAUAUCGAUAGGGAUAAGCUGCGAUACCUGCUCAUAUACAGCAAGAAACUAGGUAGUUUUGAGCAAAAGGCGCGAUUGGUGCGCAACGCGCUGGAAGAGUUACUUGAAGCCGACGACGAUUUAUCAGCUAUGUAUCUCACAGAGAAGGCGGAGGGCAAGACGCGCGAAGAUGAUGACCACACCGAGGUCGAGAUGUUGCUCGAAUCCUACCACAAAGUCGCCGAUGAGAUUGUACAAGCUGCCGAGAACUUGGUGAGCAGCAUCAGGAACACGGAGGAAAUCAUCCGCGCCAUUCUCGACGCAAACCGAAACUCCCUCAUGCUUCUCGACCUCAAAUUCUCGAUAUCCACCUUGUCUAUUACAGCCGGUACCUUCGUCGCCGCGCUAUACGGCAUGAAUCUCAAAAACUUCAUCGAAGAGAGCGACUUUGGCUUCUACGGCAUCAGCGGUUGGUGCACGCUCUUCGGCGUCAUGGUCGCCUCCUACGGACUCCAGAAACUCCGCAGAGUUCAGCGGGUUAGCAUGUAUGGGCAUGCGAGGGGCAGCGGAUGGGGACUGGGAGCUUGGGGUGGGAGAAGCAUUGGCCCGCCUGGAGGGGGGUUGGGCAUCGCGAGGGCAGAUUGUGCGCCCCGGGGAGCGCCAGAUUUGAGUGGUGUUACUAAGAGGGAGACGCUGACGGAUGUGAUGCAAAGAGAGCGCGCUUUUUCGCGGAAGUUGGCCAAGGCGGAGACUAGAGCGGACGAUGCCACCAAGGGCUGA